UCUCUCUAUCUCUAGUAUUAAGCAAAUUACAAUGAAUUCAAAGUCAUGGAUGCUAAUAUUUGCGGUCCUUGUGUUAGCUUUGUCGCCGGAAACAAUGGCGGCUGCACCGAAGAAGGCCGUCGAUGUACCCUUCGGAAGAAACUAUGUCCCGACCUGGGCUUUAGACCACAUCAAAUACUUUAAUGGCGGCUCUGAGAUCCAACUCAACUUAGACAACUACACUGGAACUGGAUUCCAAUCCAAGGGUUCAUACUUGUUUGGCCACUUCAGCAUGAAAAUCAAGUUAGUCCCCGGAGAUUCUGCGGGCACCGUUACUGCUUUCUAUCUUUCGUCACAAAAUUCGGAGCACGACGAGAUAGAUUUCGAGUUUUUGGGGAACAGAACAGGGCAGCCGUACAUUUUGCAAACAAAUGUUUUCACAGGAGGAAAGGACGAUAGGGAGCAAAGAAUUUAUCUUUGGUUCGAUCCCACGAAGGACUACCAUUCUUAUUCGGUUCUUUGGAAUCUUUAUUCGAUAACAUUCUUUGUGGAUGAUGUACCGAUUAGAGUGUUCAAGAAUUGUAAAGACUUGAAUGUGAAGUUCCCGUUCGAUCAGCCCAUGAAGAUUUAUUCGAGUUUGUGGAAUGCCGACGAUUGGGCUACUAGGGGUGGACUAGAGAAAACGAAUUGGCAGAAGGCUCCGUUUGUUGCAGCCUAUAAGAGCUUCCAUAUCGACGGUUGUGAAGCCUCGGUUGAAGCCAAAUUUUGCGACACUCAAGGGAAACGUUGGUGGGAUCAGAAAGAAUUUCAAGACUUGGAUGCCCAACAAUACCGUCGUCUCAAAUGGGUUCGCAGUAAGUACACAAUCUAUAACUAUUGCACUGAUCGUAAGAGAUACCCUACGAUGUCACCCGAAUGCAAACGCGAUCGCGAUGUUUGAAAUUACCCGUGUUACCAACACCCUCUAGUCUCGGUCACACUUGGUUAAUGUUAUUUAUUAUUUAUAUCUUUCUAUUCCACUAUAUUUGUGGCAUGGCUAUGUGUAAUAAUUGUUGGAAAAUGGUAAUGUAAUGCAAUUUGUGGUUACUUGAUUUAAACUAAUUGGUUGAGGUCAUGAAGGGAAGAGUAUAAACUUCUCAUAGA